AUGAAAAGCUUAUCUCUACCUUCUAGGGUUAUCUCUACCUCACCGAAUGGAGUCUUCAAUCAUACAUUGGCCGAAUGGCGCUUGAUGGAUCGCCGGACAAAGCUGAUCCCAUUGAAAAGAAAUGAUGACUGCGGCGAUGCAUCGGAUGAGAUCGGUUGCAAUAAACACAAUGGAAAGACUUGUGAAAGUCAUGGCGACAAUGGAGGAUGCAAACAUUUCUUCACGGAUAUCAGUGAUGGUUACUACUGUCAUUGCCGUGAUGGCUUCCAACCGGAUCCCCAGAAUCCUCUCGACUGUAUCGAUGUGGAUGAGUGCAAAGGAAAUAACACUUGUAUUCAAUUGUGUCUCAACACAAAAGGAUCAUAUCUUUGUCGAUCCACGGAUAAUUAUGAAAACAAGGUGGUUGUCGGAGCGAUGACUGGAAAAGAUUGUCGAGCGAAGGGCGAACCGGCUGAGGUGAGGCUAGGGAAGUUGAGCUCACCGAUCAUAGCUCGUCGUGUA